AUGAUACCAUUCGUCAUUAAAAAUUUCUCGUAUGAUGUUUGGAGUUUGGAUUGGAUUAACAUACAAUGGGUGGGGUUGGGCCCUUUUUUUCUUGUUUUAAUUGGGCUUUCCUACGAUUUGCUCCCGCCUUACCAACAACCGCCUCACUCCAAGCUCCUUGAAGCAUCCCCACAAAACGCCUCCAUCAAAAUGGUUCGCAGCAGAAAACGAAGGCAUGACGAUACAGACGCUAUCACCGUCAGCAGCCCGUCGAGAAAGGAGUCCAAGAGAUCAAAGGGUUGCCCCGAUUACCUCACGUGGGGCAUCCCGAAAACGAAGGGUUUGCCUCAAGAUGAGAAAAGAAGACAGGAACAGCGUCACGAAGCUGAUGAGUCUGGCCGUGCUCAAUCCUCCAUCUUCAGCAGUGAUGUUUGCUCGGCUCGCAAGCCACCAGCUCUAGAUAUCUCCCAGAAGUUCGAUGCCUUUGGUUCCGCUUUUGCGGAGCUCAUCCUAGCGGCUCCUAACGUUAACAUGGAGAAAUGUCUUGGUGACGAGAAGGCUAACUUCUUUACGGCUGUGCGGAUGAUGUUCGAGACUGGAGAUCUGCCGUGGUUAGAUGAAUACAUGAAGAAGGCAAAGGAGGCGCGGGGGAAUUCAGAGAAGUCGAAGAAAACCCCACCUGCAAAUGGAAACAACCCAACAGGACCUCUCAAAAACGCAGUUCCCAAAGCCUCUGACAGCUCCCCUUCAACAUAUACCCCGCCAUCAACCACAGACCCAGCCUUGCUCUCCCCCUCGUUCUCCUCCUGGCCCCCUCCUCUCCCGGAGAUCCACAGCGACGAACUCCGUCAGCAAGCCUUUACACAUAAGUCCUUCAUCAAAGGGGAAGACGCCGGCCUACCGGGUAUCGAACAGCAACACUAUGAGCGUCUAGAAUUUCUUGGCGACUCCUACCUCCAAUCUAUCACCUCCCGAAUCCUCUAUAACCGCUUUUCUAAACUCCGCGAAGGUCCCCUCUCUGAUAUGCGGCAACAACUAGUUGCUAACAGGCCCCUCUCCACAUACGCGACGAUCUACCGCUUUCAUGACAAAGUUCGUGAGUCCAAGGGCCAGAACACAGCAGCACCUGUAGCUCUAGUCCACAACUCCCGCGGAACCUACAAGGACAUGGGCGUCAACAAGACCCUCGCGGACUGUUUCGAAGCAUACAUAGCUGCUAUUGUGCUCGACUCCCCGAACGGCGUGGACAUUGCACAGCGUUGGCUUACGGAGUUGUUCGAGCCGAAGUUGAAGGAGAUGGAGACCCAGCAUGCGUCUGUUGGUCCGGUUGACAAAAUGGCGAAGCAGACGUUGAAUACUAUCGUUGGGGGGAAUAGAGCUACAGUGGAAUACGUAUGGACCGACGGGGAAGGCGGGAAUAAAGGCGGUUACUGGAUCACAGUGUAUUUGACUGGUUGGGGCUUUAAUAAGAGGGAGAUUGGAUCCGGGUGGGGGAAUAACAAAGGGUACUAUAUCUCACUCCCUUCUUUCUUUCUCCCCAUAAUACAUACUCGAGUAGAAUCCAUUCAUCUAGCUAACGUUUUGAGAAAACAGUGAAGCAACCCUCCGCGCAGCAAUGAAUUGCAUAUCCAACCCAGAAUUUUGCAAAGAAAUGACUGCCAUUAAGUCCAAGUACCUCGGACCAAAGCCUCAUCCUCUCCCACCAAGCAACGCGCCAUUUAUUAGACAAGUUAGUCCGGAAUACAUCCCACCGGAGUAGCCUUUCCUGUUCCCCUCUCAACUUCUCCUGUCCUUUCUUUAUUGUUUUUUCUUCACAAAAUAGGGAGAGUCCUACUUCCACCUACUAGUUUCUAUACUCUUUCGCCUUUCCUCCCCCCACUAGAACUGGGAUGUCCCAUAUUAUCUUAGGCUUUGUUUGGCACGGUGCGAUAUAGGAAACGCCAUUAUUCUUGCAGUUUCGAUCCUUGCUAAAGCUCAAAUUCUCUUGACCAAAGAGCACGAAAAAAGCCAUACCUACAGAGCAGCUGCCUUGCUGAUAGCGGUGAUCAAAACAAAAAUCUAGCACGGGGCCCGCAAGCUUACUGUAACCAAAGUGCAAUGCUAAAAUAUUUUAUUUGCAACAAAAAUGUCAUGAAAAUCUAAAAAACGCGAUAUUCGUUGUGUGCCAAGCAGGGUCUUAUCUUUUAUUUCAUUUUUAUUUCCCAUUCUCUCUCCUUUCACUUGCUUACUCUUCACUUUUUUUACCUUAUUCAUUGAUUAAAUCUUAACGUUAUUUCAUUUCGUAUGUUGGAGAGACAGAGAGAAAGGAGGGAAUUGGGUCUCUGUUUCUAGAUGGUGAUGUUAUGGGCGUCCUUUCCCCCAUUUAGGUUUUCAUUUCUCCUUUGGGGUCCGGGUUGGCUUAUACAUUCUCAUAACACAUUCUUAUGUUUCGAAAUUAUGGAUCUCAGGGAAAGGGGGAAAGGUGGUGGCUUUAUUGUAAUACGAUGAAUGAUAAAUAUUCAUCAUAUA